GUACUAGCUUGUUAGUACACACACAUCUAAACAUGUAUAACUUUCCUUUACAAUGUAUUCUCAGGGACACAAGAAACCUAAAAAGUUCAUAGCAACACAAGGACCACUGCCAGGAACUCUGGUGGACUUCUGGCGUCUCAUGUGGCAGGAGAGACCACCCAUAAUAGUCAUGCUCACCAACCUCAUGGAGAACAACAAGAUCAAGUGCGAACAGUACUGGCCAGAGUCUGGGAAGAAGCAGUUUGGACCAUUCACAGUGGCCAUUACAGAUCAGCAGAUACUGGCUGACUACACCGUCAGAACACUGGAGGCUUCAUUGGAUGGAGACCGCCGUGUGCUGAGAGUCAAGCUAUUCCAUUUCACUGCCUGGCCUGAUCACGGUGUGCCUGACUAUGCCACGCCCAUUCUUGCAUUCCAUCGUCGGGUCCAGUCCCAACACAAGCCAUCGAAAGGUCCUAUUCUGAUCCACUGCAGUGCUGGUGUGGGACGCACAGGCACUUACAUUGCAAUCAAUGUCCUCGAUCAGAUCUCAGCCGAGGGUCUCAUCGAUAUUUCCGGUACCAUUGUCAAAUCUCGCAACCAGAGGAUGAAGCUUGUACAAACACAGGACCAAUAUGUGUUCAUCCACGAUGCUAUCCUGGAGUCAGUGACGUGUGGAGACACUCAGAUCAGUGCAGGAGACCUGCGCAGACAGAUACAGAAGAUGUCAUUAGUGUUCCCGGGAAAAACCAUCUCAGAUUUCCAAUACCAGUUCCAAAUUCUGGAACAAGUUACUCCAAAUCCUAAAGAAGUUCGAAGUCCUAUUGCUGUUAAUAAUGCUGCCAGGAACAGGAACAUGGACUACCUGCCACGUAAGGACUGCUGCUAACUGUGUACAUUAUAUCCAUUCAC